UAAAGUCAGAUCCCUCGAUACGGCCCUCCUUUGGUCCCAUACCUCUCCCUUUCCAGAACUCCAAAACGCAGCAUCAGAAGCUUAAAAACGCAGAACUAUCAAAACGGCAAAACCCCUCGCCUCGAUUCUCUCUCCUUCCCUCUCGAUCGAAACUCGUGAGUCUCUUUCCAAAACAUGUUCUCAUAUUCGGAACUGGAAUCGCUAGCACGAAAGGGGUAAUGGAACUCACCGAUUCGACGGCGUCCGAGGCGGCUCGGUCCCCUCUUGGCAUCGAUCUCAAUGAGAUCCCUUCCUCCUCUUCCGCCGAAACCCUACUGGACCUGGUUGAUGUCGUGCGCUCGCACUGCGAGGCUCCCGACCCUCCCUCGUUAGCUCUAGCCGGGUUGCCGGUGGGGGACCCCUCUGUGGCUUGCGGGGCUUGCGGCCGGCCUGAGGAGCAGGGUCAUGUGGUAGUGUGUGACGCGUGUGAGCGUGGGUUCCACAUUGACUGUGCCGGAAUGCAUGGACCUCUCGCCGCCAAUUUCCCGGAGUGGGUGUGCGGGGAGUGUGCGACUAACGGGUCCAAGAGCAAGCGGUGGCCCCUGGGCGUUAAGUCCAAGCUAAUUUUGGACAUCAACGCCUCUCCACCGAGUGAAGGCGACGGAGAUGGGGAGGGGAGUGUGGAGUUGCUAGAUUCCAGGAGCACCCCGGGUGAUUCUUUUGGUGGCAAUGCAUUUACUGCUCGAAAUGGGUAUGCAAGAAAUGGGUUUGCCUUGCAAAAAGCUUCUGGGGUUGUGAUGCACACUGUGAAAGUGGGUUUGGAAGAUUUGUUACAUCGUACGCAAACAUUGGGUAGAAGUAUUGAGGAAGUAGAUUUGGCCUUCCCACUAGGAAGGCAUAGAAAUGGUAACACAGCUAAUAGAUUACCUUCUCGGAAUCCAAGUGAUAAUUUUUUGCCAGCUCUUAAAGAAUUCAUAUCUGAAAGGCAUGGCCAAUUGGAGGAAGGUUGGCAUGUGGAGCUCAGGCAGUCCAUGAGUAGUUUUGAAGUAUAUGCAGUUUACUGUUCUCCUGAUGGAAAGUCAUUCAAUUCAAUGUCCGAAGUUGCUCGCUAUCUAGGUUUGAUGUCCAGCUACAAUCUCAAAGACACCGGAAUGACUAUUGAGGAGCCAUCUCUACAAGAUAGGUCACAUUUAUUUAAAAAGAGAAAGUCAACAAGAUCGUCUAUUACCAAUAAUGAAUGCAAAGAAUCUUUGGUAAGUUGUUCUAAUAAGGAGCUUUUCUUCCAUAGUCAGAACACGGAAACUUUUCCUAGUAAGUAUGGUGAAGUUAUGGAAGAAGGAAAAGAUGAAGAUGGUGGCUGUGGUUCUCGGCAGACUGAUGAUGGAUUCCCAGUCCAGUUUGAAGAUUUCUUUAUUCUUUCUGUGGGAGAGGUUGAUGUGAGACAUUCAUAUCACGGUGUCAACCAGAUCUGGCCAGUGGGUUAUAGAUCAUGUUGGCAUGACAAGGUUACUGGGUCUCUUUUUCUAUGUGAAGUGUUAAAUGGUGGUGAUUCUGGUCCUAUUUUUAAAGUCCAAAGGUGCCCUUGCUCGGUGCUGCCAAUUCCAAAUGGAUCGACUGUUCUCAUUAGAUCAAAACCUGAUCGGUCUACCGUGCAUAACAAUGAAGAAUGUUACAAUCUAACUCAUUCUGUUAUGGAUUGUGAUAAUGAUGACGAUAUUCAAAUGGUCCUUUUGGACCCUUCUCCUCCAUCAGAGGAUGAUAUUGUGACCUGCUUACAGAGUAGUGCAAAGGAAACAUAUGCCUCUGAGUCAUCUGGCGGCUUGCAACCUAAUGACUGGGAAACUGGAGUUGUUGAGGUAUCUAUGGAAGAGUGCUCCCCAUCUGCAGCUUGGGGACUCUUAUCUCAAAGAUUUAUUGACGCUUGUUGUGAUAUCUUAAAACGGAAUGGAAUUCUUAAGUUUUGCUGCAAUCAUGUUAAUGACAAAUUGGGAUCCUCUUGCUGGGAUGAACACGAUGAGAAGAGCAAUGCGACGCCCACUUCAUUAACUAAGUUCUGCAGUUCUCCUGGAUCUGUCAAUGUACCAUCCAAGUAUGAGGGUGACAAAGAGCUUGAGACUUUGACUAAUGUGCUUGCUAAAUGGCUGGACCAGGAUAGAUUUGGACUGGAUGCAGAGUUUGUUCAAGAAAUGAUAGAACAGCUUCCUGGUGUUGAAACCUGCUCAAAGUAUAUAACACUUGGUAGUAGGAAUCAUUCUUCGGCAUUCCCAACUGUUAGAAAUGGAGUCCUAGUUAUCCAAAAGAUGAGGGGAGUAGAAGUUAAGUCAGAAGAAGUUCCAAAUGAUAUUCUCAAAAGGUCCAAAAAGUGCAGGUUGGUGGAGGAUCAUGAAAUUGAUAAUAAUCUUCAACCACCUGGCAAUCUUUUGUGCUUAAAGCUUCCUCCUGCACUUGUUGGUGACCUUUACGAGGUAUGGGAACUGUUUUGGCGUUUUCAUGAGAUAUUAGGUUUGAAAAGGCCUUUUUCGUUGGGGGAACUUGAAGAUGAACUUAUUAACCCAUGGUCUGAUGGCUCAGAUCUUGAAAAUUCGGAGAAGAAGAUACAGGGAAAUCAAGUCCUAGAUUCCCAUAUGGAUGGAAGGGUGGGCCAAAUAUCAUCUUCAAGUCGUGAAUCUCAUACAGGUGUUUCGGUUGAUAAUCCAAACGUGUUUAUACAAAUGGAAACAGAGGCAUCAAAGGAAGCAGCCCAAGAUAAAAUUGCAUCUGUUACCUAUAGUAGGUGCUGCGGAGUUGCUUUGACGAAGGCUCACUUCUCACUGCUGGAUGUGCUAAUAAGUGAGCUCCAAUCCAAAGUUGCUGUACUUUUUGAUCCAAAUUUUGAUAUUGGAGAGUCAAAAUCCAAGAGGGGAAGGAAGAAAGAUGUGGAUACCUCAAUUUGGGAAAGAAGAACCAAACUCAAUAUGCUCCCUAUCAAUGAACUGACUUGGCCAGAACUAGCUCGGAGGUACAUUUUGGCCAUCUUAUCCGUGGAAGGUAACCUUGACUCUGUGGAAAUUACUGGUCGUGAAAGUGGUAAAGUGUUUCGUUGCUUACAAGGUGAUGGAGGGGUGCUUUGUGGCUCACUAACUGGAGUUGCUGGAAUGGAAACAGAUGCAUUGUUGCUUGCAGAGGCUAUAAAGAAAAUAUUUGGUUCUUUGAACAGAGAAAAUAACAUUCUCACCAUCAUAGAUGAAGGACCUGAGCCAACCGAUCCUUGUGAAAAGAAUGUCGUUAGUGAUGGUGACAUGCCAGAGUGGGCACAGGUACUGGAACCAGUUAGAAAGCUACCCACUAAUGUGGGAACCAGAAUCAGAAAGUGUGUUUAUGAAGCUUUGGACAAGGGUCCACCAGAGUGGGCGAAGAAGAUACUGGAGCAUUCAAUUAGUAAAGAAGUUUACAAGGGCAAUGCAUCAGGACCUACAAAGAAAGCUGUUCUUUCAGUUCUAGCAGAUCUACGCAGUGAAACACAGUCACAGAAAUCAAACAAAGGCAGCAAAAGGAAGAGAAGUUUAUCUGUAUCCGACAUUAUCAUGAAAAAAUGUCGUAUCAUAUUACGCCAUGCUGCUGCUGCCGAUGAUGAGAAAGUUUUUUGCACUUUACUAGGCAGAAAGCUCGUAAUUUCUGGUGACAAUGAUGAUGAGGGACUUCUUGGGUCUCCAGCCAUGGUAUCUCGUCCUCUCGAUUUUAGAACUAUUGAUCUACGAUUAGCAGUUGGGGCCUAUGGUGGAUCGCAUGAAGCUUUUCUUGAGGAUGUUCAUGAGUUAUGGAAUAACAUUCUCGCUGCUUUUAGGGACCAGCCUGAUAUGGUUGAACUGGCUGAGAAGUUAUCCCGAAAUUUUGAAUUACUAUAUGAAAAUGAGGUGGUAACAUUUGUUCAGAAAAUUGUGGGGUAUGCUAAAUCAGAGUGUCUUAGUUCAGAAGACAAGAAGGAAAUUGAUGAUCUUCUUGCUUCCACAAAUGAGAUCCCCAAAGCCCCUUGGGAUGAAGGAGUUUGCAAAGUGUGUGGUAUUGAUAAGGAUGAUGACAGUGUUUUACUGUGUGAUAAGUGCGACGCGGAGUAUCAUACUUACUGUUUGAAUCCUCCACUUUCAAGGAUUCCUGAAGGAAAUUGGUAUUGCCCAUCUUGCGCAAGUGGUGUGCGUGUAGUUCAAGAGGCAUCAAAAGGUAUACAGGUUACCAGCCAACAUGGGGUUAAAAAGGACCAGGGAAAAUUUACCCGUGUUUUUUUGGAUGCAAUAUCUCAGUUGGCAGCUGUAAUGGAAGAAAAUGAGUACUGGGAGUUCAGUGUAGAUGAGAGAACCUUUCUACUGAAAUUUCUCUGUGACGAGUUGCUUGACUCAUCUCUUAUUCGUCAACACCUUGAGCAAUGUGCUGAAACAACAGUUGAAUUGCAGCAGAAAUUGCGUUCUUUUUCAAUAGAAUGGAGAAAUCUGAAGUCCAGGGACGAGUUCAUGGCUGCUAGAGCAGCAAAGGUUGAAACUAAUGCAGUUGGAGAAAUAGGAUCGAAGGAUGGGCCUGCUUCCGCCAGUACAAACAAUGAUAAGUGCAUGGGACAGCUGCCUAACCUAGGCGGAAAACUUGGUAAUCUUUCUGGCGUCUCAGAUGAGGUGCCAACACUUCAUGGUGGUCCAAAGGAAAUCGGACUUAAUGGUUUUGGUAAACACCCAUCAGUGACAAAUUCUGAGAAAAAACAUUGUUGUAACAGCCAGAUUAUGGAUUCUAUAGACAACGAAGUUCGAUCAGAAGAUGUUCAUGAGGCUGCCAAUGAUAGUAGGUUACCUUCCCAAAUGCAUGAUAAAUCCGUCAAACCAAAUGAGCUUCCUUUGUCUAGCUCUUUGUCCCAGGAAGUCAAUUGUUUGGGGAAAAUCUGUUUUCAGGGUGAUUUGCAAGAAGGUAAAGGAAGUUGUGGUUCUCUGCAACCACCUGCAGAAUAUCAAGGAAGCUUCCCACAGAGAGAACAAAAGGUUUAUGCAGCUGAGGAUGCAUCUUCAGUUACUAUGCAUGAGCCACAAGGUUACCAUCUUGAGUUGAGCACUGUUAAGAAUGAUCUUCUUAUUCUGCAGAACUCAAUCGCCAGUGUAGAGUCACAACUUUUGAAACUAUCUAUGAGGAGGGAAUUUUUAGGUACUGAUUCUAGUGGGAGAUUGUACUGGGCUUCAGCCACAUCUGAUGGGAAUCCUCAGCUUAUUGUUGAUGGAAGUUUGGUGGAGCAGCAGAGAAGAAAAGUUCUGGAUCUUCCAGGUAUGGUGAAUGGUGGAUCAGUUUUGCAGAACUCUACUUCCACUGACCCUUGCUUGAAAUUGGAGGGGUCAAAGGCUUCCUGUCCAUUCCUGUAUGAUGCAGAUGAUAUUUUGACUGCAUGUUCAACUUGGGUCUGUUAUCAAACUGAUGCAGAAAUUGAAGCACUCUUCAAGUGGUUGAAAGACACUGAUCAGAAAGAGAGAGAACUGAAGGAGUCCAUUUUGCAAUGGCAAAAGUCUAAAUUUCGUGAAAUGCAACAAUCUGAAAGCCAAAAUGUGGACAAGCAUGCAGGUUUUCCAAAGCCUGUGGAUAGAGAAUGUGCACCUUGUAAUCGUCUUGUUACUAUGGCUGCUUUGAUUCUGGAGAAGAAAUAUGGUCCCUGCUAUGAGUUUGAUAGCAACGAGACUUUAAAGAAGCGGGGAAAAAGAGCAAGAACAAUGGGUGACGGUAAAAUGUAUAGGUGUGAAUGUUUAGAGCCCAUUUGUCCUUCCAGAUACCACUGCCUCUCAUGCCACAGGACUUUUUCCACGGCUGUUGAUUUGGAGGGGCACAAUGAUGGUAGGUGCUUAUCUGGUGCGUUAUCAGCUAAUGAGAAGAGCAAGGAGCUGAUUGAUUCAUUUAAGGGGAAAGGGAAUUCAACUCCUUCAACAAGUCCAGAUGAUUGUAUCAGUGGAGUGGACUUAGCUAAAGCUUCGGGAAACUCAUGCUCUGAGCUUAGCUCAAGGUUGAUCAAAUUUCAAAAUGAAGGAUUAGUUAGCCCAUUUGACUUUGAUGAGAUUAGAACCAAGUUUAUAACAAAGGAUUCUAACAAAGAAUUGGUUCGAGAUAUUGGCUUUAUUAGUUCAAACGGGAUCCCUUCAUUUGUCCCAUCUAUAUUCCCUUAUCUUAAUGACUCACCAGUGAUGCUAAUUGCCCCUCGGGGGGAUAAAAGCAUUUCGGCGGAUGAGUUUAACCCUAAUGAAAGGCUAGUCUUUUCGGAAAAAAACAGUAAUAGCAAUGGUUGCCAUCAACAAAUCUUUGGUAAUUCUUUGAAAAAAAUUUCUUCUACUGAAAUCAGUGAAGUGUUAAAGACUAACAGAUCAGUUUUGCGGUGCUCGGAACAAAGAAACAGACAACUUUCUUUUGAUGCUCGUAUUCCAGAAGAUGGUGUUUGUCGUUGUGUUGUUCCGCAAGCCGCAUUGAGGCCCCUAGUUGGUAAAGUUUCACAGAUUCUAAGGCGACUUAAGAUCAAUUUACUUGACAUGGAAGCUGCUCUUCCUGAAGAAGCUCUGAGACCAUCAAAGGCACACUUGGAAAGGAGAUGGGCCUGGCGUGCAUAUGUAAAAUCUUCACAGGCUAUUUAUGAGAUUGUCCAAGCCUCGAUUGUACUGGAAGACAUGAUUAAGACAGAUUACUUGAGAAAUUACUGGUGGUAUUGGUCAUCCCUUUCAGCAGCUGUGAAAACUUCUACCAUAUCUUCACUUGCCCUGCGGAUAUAUUCACUUGAUGCUGCCAUUGUUUAUGAUAGGACAUCGCCCACUUUAGAUUCAACUGAAAAUUUGAACUCUAGCGGCAUAUCAGACCAGAAUCCAUUGCUAGGUUUGGAUACAGGGGAGAAAUGCAAGGUAAGCAGGAAAUCUAACAAGAAAAGGAAGGAACCAGAGGGUUGAUCUUAGAUAUACAAGUUUUAGCACAUGAGAUAAAACCGUCGUAAGUCCACUGGAUGCGGCAUGUCCUGUCGGACUGGAAUGUUAUGAGAAAAAUGUUUUGAUGAACAUUCAACAUGUUGGGAGAAUUGGAGGUUCCUGUUAUUGCUGCUGCCCGUGUCACUGUUGCUGCAGCUACUGAUACUGACAAAUCUGUAUGUACAUAAUGCUGACAUUCUAACGUGGAUGCUGGAUUGGAUGGCCGAGUUCAUAUGAUUUUCUUGGAAAGUCGGAAGCAUUUGACGGACAAUGGAUGUUGAAGAAUGCAUCCAGUUUUGGCCUGAUUUAUGUUGCAGCAGCUUUCGGAUUUGUAGUUUUGGAGGAGAGAUGAGAUGGAGCAAUAUUAUUCUCAUGAUGAGUAAAGUCUAUAUACAUAUACAAAAGCAAUCAAUGUAAAAAGAACAUAGCAGGGAACGAAAAAGAAUGGAAAGAGUUGUAGCUGAGUAGUGUAGGCAAUAUUUCAUUCUUUAUACAUAGAUCUCUCUCUCCCUCACCACCCCCAAACCCCAUUACCUACCCUGUGUGCGCUUUGCAGAUGUGGGGCCAGUAUGCUUGUAGCUCUUUGGCGAGUGUGAUGAUACUUUCUCAUAGUUUUUUUUUUUUUUUAAUCAGUUCUCAUAGUUUUGUUUACAUGACUUGUGCCAUUUUCUUUCAAGCAGACUUAGUGGAUCAGUGUAUUAAAUUGCUUCUUGGAGAACCAGCUGCAUUUUAGUGAAAUGUACGAGGCUGAUUAAGGUUUUGAGGUGUAA